AUGGAUAGAGAGUUUCUAUCGGUUAUAUAUAACCACUUAAGUAAUUUAAACUUUUCAGUAUUACCAAAGAUGGUAAAACAAAAACAGGUGUCAAUAACAAGUCAUAGUAGCACAACCGAUAUUUUGUGGAACAGGUUUUUAACAUCGUUUGGGAAUUUAUCAAAUUGCGAACAUUCAUAUUAUAAAUUUACAUAUUUAUCAUUAAAGACAAAUAAUUUACAGGAUCAAUAUAUACAGAUAUUAAAUGAUCUUAAAAUCAUUGGCAAUAUGAAUAAACAAAAUACAACACCAGCAGGUUCAACAUCAAAUUAUAAUACAUCACCAACAUCACCGACAUCACCAACUUCACCAACUUCAGUAACAACAACAUCUUUUUCAUCACAAAAUACAACACCUGUUAAAUCAGGUUUUUCAGGUUUUUCAUUUUUAAAAUCACCCAAUUCAACUCCACAAAAACAAACAUAUCCUCAACACUCUCAAUCACAACAACAAAUAGAAGAAAGCCCAGAAAAUUCAUUCUUUUUUACUUUAGCGCAACAAACAUGUUUCAUAUUACAAGUUAAAAUCGAUAUGGUCGGUAUAUACUCUGCCUUAUUGCACUCUUUAGUUAGUCAAGAUUUAGAUAUCCACAACAUUGAAAAUUCAUUAGAAAUUAUACCCACAAUUUAUAAAGAUAAAAUUACACAUCCUCUAUUAAUACAAAUGAAAGCAAAUAUAAAUUAUGAAAUUUCAAUUUUAAAAAAUCUAUUAAAAUCACAGUCAUUAGUUUCAAAACAUAAUUUCAAAGAUUCAAUGUUGUUAUUAUUUAAGUGUAGAAUAGAGUUGGAUUCGUGGAGAGAAACAGAUUCAUCACAUAAAUCAUCAUCUAAUGAAAGAUGGAAUUCAAAUCAUAUUCAUCAAUGGUUAUCAAUGUUUUUAAACUCAAUUUUAGCAAAAACUUCAUUAUAUUUUUAUUUCCCAUUAUUAAAUGUUGAAGAAGAAAUAGGUGGCACUUACAAUUCAUUUAAAGAAAUCUAUAUUAAAAAUUCACCAGAUUAUAUAUCAAUUAUCGAAAACUUUUGUUCAAAAAACAAUGUUUUCUUUUUUGGUUUAAUUUUCGAAUCAAAAGACAAUACAUAUUCAAAAAUAGGUUACUCAUUUUUAGAAACAGAACAACCAAGUGGCUUAAGUGCUUUUCCAUUAUUAUUUUAUUAUCCAAACGAAAAGUCUCCAAUGCAACAUUUACCAAAUAUUAUAGGUUUAAUUAUGCAGAAUUAUUCAUCACUAGAAAGACCGAAUGAUAUUUUAUAUUAUUUAGAUAGCAGAAAGGUUAAGGACCCACAAAGAUCAAUUAUUUAUGACGAUUAUUUAACCUAUUUUAUUUCGAGAGUAGAGCCCGGGGUAAUUGUUUCAAUAAUAUUUAAAGAAGCUAAAAAACAAAAAGAUCAACAUAUCAACGAAUUUUUAAAAUUAUUUAUAAACUCUCUUAGAAUGAGUGAUAUAUACUCUAUUCUAAAACAAAAAGAUUCAAAUAAAUAG